AAGUGAUGCGUGAAACCUGCUUUAAGUUCGACGAUAACAGCUUGCGUUAGAUCUGAACUUGACGUCACGUGUGGGGAUCUUUCAUUGUGUCUAAAUACACAUUUGACAAAUUUGUAUCCCUCGAACGCUUUUUGGCCAGGAGGAGGAUUUACUUAUUUUUUUUUUACAAACGAUCGAUCCGGCCCUCCGAAGCGAUCUCGAGCGAUGCGCGUCGCCGCGUGACUGAGCGCGAGACGUCAAUCGGCGCCGCGCAUUUGAUUUCACCCCCCGAAAAGCGAACGCUCGCUCGCUCUCUCUCGGAAUGGCGCUACAUCCCCGUUGGCCGGAGUGAUGCGGAGUGUGCGGUGGGACGGUGUUUUAAAGCGGAGGGCGGACCAUGGCGUAGCUCCGAAUUUGCGUCGCUCCGAAUUUUUUUUUUUUUUUUUUUUUUUUUUGCUAAGUAGUCUAUUUACCCGUUUUGCGGUAUGCGUCACCAUAUAGCCUGACUGUUAAAAAGACACAGGCGCGCGCGAGGGAGCGUUUCUUGCGCACACAACACGUGCGUCCUUCCACGUUGAGAAUCAGUCUGUCGGGAAGCGCUCGUGUGCAUGAAGAAUGGCUGAUUUGACUGAAACAAACAAGCUGACGAGCGCAUCUGCCAGGGGGGACUUGAGAGAAGUGGAGCUGAUGAUAACGAACGGGGCAGAUGUCAAUCAGAGGAAUGAGUAUGGCUACACGGCGCUGCAGGCGAUGAAACUUGGGUGUCCGGACCUCGCGACGGCGUUGCUGAAGGCCAAUGCGGAUCCGAAUGUGUGUGACGCGUUGGGCCUCACGGUGACGCACGACGCGGCGCGUGACGGUUACCUGGACACGCUGCGCGUUCUGCUGGAGCACGGCGCCGACGUGAACGUGACGGACAGCCACGGGAACCUGCCGUUGCACCUUGCGGCGCGUGAAGGCAACCUGGACGUGGUGGAGCUCCUGUUGCAGCGCACGGCGGAGCCCAUGCGGCCCAACUGCGAGGGCAGCACGGCGUACGACCUGGCCACCAGUUACAAUAGACCGAGCGUUGCGCGCAUCAUCCGGGACCAUCCAGGAAUUAACCUCGCGCAGUAAAUAGAACAUCAUCAUCAUGUUGCAGAAUUAAAACUCUUGGCUAUGUGUCAAACAUUUUAAUACGUUUCCGAAUAAGCACAUCCUCGCGUAAGGAUUACGGACGUGUAACGUGUGUUAGGGGAAAAUGUUUAAUCGCGGUUCUCAUGAGGAUCAGUAAUGUUAAUUAUUCGAUUAUAAACACAGCGACUGAGCGCUUCAGCGAAUUUUACCGUCUAAAGAUGGAAAAUGAGCUUUUUUCAGGUACGUUUCCAACGAAUCGUUGAAGCAAACAAGGCGUGGCUGUUAAAAUAUUUAAUGUGUCGAAAAAUCGAUUCGCCAUGUAUUUGCGAAUGUGUACAUUUUAAAUAUAGGUAUUUUAGUUGCUUAUUAAUUGAUCCCUCGUUGCAUUGUCCGAUUUCUUUUUAAUUUCUCGAAAGGUCAAAAUGGGACGAGGUCAAACAUUUUCGUGGAAUAUAAAAAAAGUGUGCCAACGUAAGGAACUUUUUUUACUAACUUCACACUCAAGUUUCCUUACAUCCGAGGUUGCGCCAAUAAACGUUUUAACAUUUUAAAACGCACGUUUCAGCAUUAACAUGAUCAGAUGUCGAUGUUACACACGGUCCUGCGCAAGCGGAGGAGCAUGCAGGCCUUAUUAUAAUAAAGUUUUUUUUUUUUUAAUUAUUAUUUUUAUUUUCUAUUUGCACUUUUGUUGUAAAUAAUGUAACAUUUAUUUUCAUCAGUGGUCAACUGUGAAACCAUACAUGACAGUGUUAACGUUUAAUGUGACUAUUGCAAAUUGUUACCAAAGACUGGUAUUUAAUAAUGUCUGCAUUGUGUGAUUCCUUAACUACGAAUCUCGCAACAUUUGCUGAGUGUU